AUGGCAGGCCAACAAACGGUCUUGGCCUCGCGUCAGUCGGGGCGGAGCUCCGAAAGUAGCUCGCUGGAUGCCAUUGCGAACGAGAAGCAGAAGCUGGCCACGGCCAGCUCGUCACCGCAACGCAGCCUGCCGGAUUUGCACAACUCCGCGUCGCCCAAGCGGUGGAAAACCUUCUGGAAAUCCUUCCGAUACCUGCAGAAUCUGACCCCCAAGCAAGUGGACGACUUCAUGGCGUCCUACGUCAUCUAUAACCUUGAUUGGUCGAACGAGGCCCAGAUGGUUGACGAAUUGGGCCCCAACUACCAGGAGAAAGUCGGCGAUUGCCUGAAGGCGUACUAUGGCGUGUUAAACCACCUGUGCGCGCUAGGCGACGUCGAAAAGAUGUACAUCCCCCCGUUCAUGAGUAAGAAGGCGACGGUGCUGGAGAACCAGCUGCUGUAUGAGGAGUCGAUCGCGGAGGACAUUGGGUUAAAGAAGAACGAUAAAGUGUUGGAUUUGGGUUGCGGCCGCGGCCGCGUCGCCGCGCACAUGACGCAAUACUCCGGUGCCCAAGUCACGGGGCUGAACAUCGACCCCAACCAGAUCGCCCAGGCCACUGCCUACAACGCGGAGUUGGGUUUCAAGGAUAACGCCUUUGUCGUCCAGGAUUUCAACAGUCUGCCCCUUCCCUUCGAAUCCGAGUCCUUCGACGCCUUCUACCAGAUCCAGGCCCUGAGUCUCUGCAAGGAUCUCCCCGGUCUCUUCAGCGAAGUCUUCCGCGUCGUCAAACCCGGAGCCAAGAUCUCCCUGCUCGACUGGGUCAGCUUUCCGGAAUAUGAUGCGUCCAAUCCCGAGCACGCCGAGCUCAUGCGUCGCGUGAAGCCCCUUAUUGGAGCCGUGGGAACGCCCACUCCCGAGAGUCUCGAAAAGUCCCUGACCGAGGCCGGUUUCACGGUGACGCGAUCGGACAACGCCAGCGUGGGUGGGUUACAGUCACCUCUCAUUGAGAAGGUCGAUUUCUACUUCCGAUCCAUGCGACAGGUCAUCUUGGGGUUGGUCAAGACCCACGUGCUCCCCCGUCAUUUCAAAACCCUGAUCAACCGUCUGUGCUUGGAUGGCGAGGCGUUCGUCAAGAUGGACCAAAUGCGACUGGUGACUACCAGUUAUCGCAUCAUUGCGCAGAAGCCUCUCCAAUGA